CGUCCUGUGAAGUGUCAGAAGAAACAUUGGAGCAAUUUUCUUUAAAAGUCUGCCACGUGCUAUAAUAGAAAAGAAAGAAAAUCUCAAAAUACACAAAGAAAAAAUAUUGAAUAUAAUCAAUAAUUGAUUUUAAUCUACUCGUUAAAUUACUUUUUUCUUAAAUUAGAGUAGAAAAAUUUUGUAAAAUGGCAGACUAUGUUAUUGGUAACGCAAGGCCAGCCGAUGUUCCGGUUCCUGAUGAUGGUCUUUCGGCAGCUCAAUUAUUUUCCAACGGAGAAGGAUUGACUUAUAAUGAUUUUAUUAUUCUUCCCGGCUACAUUGAUUUCACUGCUGACGAAGUGGAUCUUCAUACAAAUUUGACCCGAGACAUUGUCCUUAAAGCACCAUUGGUAUCCUCGCCGAUGGACACUGUCACUGAAUCCGAUAUGGCCAUCGCAAUUGCUCUUUGUGGAGGAAUUGGAAUUAUUCAUAGUAAUUGUACAGUUGAAUAUCAGGCCAAUGAAGUUCACAAGGUGAAAAAAUACAAGCACGGCUUUAUUCGGGAUCCAGUGGUGCUCUCGCCAAAUCACACAGUGAACGACGUGAAGAAAGUAAAGGCACAAAAUGGAUUUUGCGGUGUGCCAAUAACUGAGAAUGGAAAAAUUGGCGGCAAACUCCUUGGAAUAGUGACAUCGCGUGACAUUGAUUUUCUCGAGACAAUAAGUCAAAAUAACAUGAAACUCGAGUCGGUGAUGACGAAUCUCGAAAAUCUUGUGACAGCAAAAUCAGGUGUUUCACUGCCCGAGGCAAAUAUGAUUCUCGAAAAAUCGAAAAAGGGAAAAUUGCCAAUUAUCAAUGACAAAGGUGAAUUAAUCUCUCUAAUGGCAAGAACCGAUUUGAAGAAGAAUCGCAGCUAUCCGAAUGCGAGUAAAGACAGUAAUAAGCAACUUUUAGUUGGCGCCGCUAUUGGUACACGUGAACAGGACAAAGAGAGACUUGAACAAUUGGCGAAUGCCGGCGUUGAUGUUAUUGUUCUCGAUUCAUCGCAAGGAAAUUCGAAAUUUCAAAUUUCAAUGAUACGAUUCAUUAAAUCGACAUAUCCACAAUUGCAAGUGAUUGGGGGUAAUGUUGUGACAACGAGACAGGCGAAAAAUUUGAUUGAAGCCGGUGUCGAUGGAUUGAGAGUUGGCAUGGGCUCGGGAUCAAUUUGCAUCACUCAGGAGGUGAUGGCCGUUGGACGUCCUCAGGCAACGGCUGUUUAUAAAGUCGCAGAGUACGCGAGAAAAUUCGGUGUUCCCGUGAUUGCCGACGGUGGAAUACAAUCGAUUGGUCAUAUUAUCAAGGGUUUGAGUUUGGGUGCAAGUACCGUGAUGAUGGGUUCACUUCUUGCUGGAACAUCGGAGGCGCCUGGUGAAUAUUUCUUCAGUGAUGGCGUGCGAUUGAAGAAGUAUCGGGGAAUGGGAUCAAUUGAGGCAAUGGACAGAAAGGACGCAAAUGGCACGGCGAUGGAUCGUUAUUUUCACAAUGAACAGGAUAAAUUCAAGGUCGCGCAGGGCGUUAGCGGUUCAAUAGUCGAUAAAGGUUCUGUUUUUAAAUUUAUACCUUAUCUUCAAUGUGGAAUAAAGCAUGGAUGUCAGGAUAUUGGAGCUAAAUCAAUAUCAUCAUUGAGAUCAAUGAUGUACAGCGGUGAAUUGAAAUUUGAAAAGAGAUCAUCGUCCGCACAGCAGGAGGGAAAUGUUCAUAGUUUAUUCUCGUAUGAAAAGAGAUUAUAUUAAUUAACAAUUUUUUUUUUCUCGAGAUUAAGGGAGUAUCUGCAUUAUAUUGCAAUUUACUUGUUUUGAAAAAACGGGCGAAUUACAAAAUCCAAAAUAUUUCUUGAAUAGAAUAAUCUAUAGAUUAGAAAAUAACUUUGACAAUUUGUACAAACUUUUUUUUGUAAUUUUUGUUAAAUUUUUUCUCCAGAUUUUCUCUUUUUUUCUUAAUUAUUGGAUUUUUUUUUGUAAUAUUGAAUUUUGAUCGUUUAUGAAGAAAGUUUUAUUUCUAUUUAACGUCUUAAAGUUUUGGAAACUUUUUUGUUUUGUUUUUAAUGACGAACUGUUACAGACUAAAAUUUAGUCUCAUCGGAGAGAGUAGAAUAACAGUUAGAUAAAUGUUUUAAGUGACAAUGAGGGAGAAGGGAUUUUUCUUUUACAAAAAUUCCUUCCUUUUACUGCGAUAGAAAAAAUGUCUUUGUCUUUAUAUGUCUGUAUGUACUUAUGUAAAGCUACCAAUGAACCUGAAAUAUUUCUACACAUUAUCGAAUAACAAUAUUAAGUUAGGAGAUUUAAUAGUUUUUUCCUUGGAGUCUUUUUUCUUUGAUGAUCGAAAGCAAUUAAAUUAUGAUAGAAUUGAUUUAUUUUAAAUUAAAGAGAAUUUAUUUUUGAAAAAUUAUUCGAUUGAAAUUAAUAAUUAACUGAAUUAUCAGAGACAAAAAUACUGUCAGUCAAUCAUGCCAAAUUAUGGGAACAGUUUUUUUUUCUUUUUUCUUUUAUAAUGUUACCUCCAUUUUUUGCAUUUUGUCUUUUACUAUACAUCCUGAAUUUAUUGCUUAAUUAAUCGUUGAGUGAUAAAUAAAAAAGUAAAUAAUCAAAUUCUCACUUUUUAUCGAGGAUUGGAAAUAAGUUUUAUUAUUAAUUUGUGAGUGUCCUUUUUAUGAAUGACAAAUGUGAAGAUUUUCAAAUAUUGUUUUAUAAUAUUCUGAGAAGAAAAAAUGUUUUACAAGAAAAAGAAAUAGUUAUCUAGAGAAAAUAUAUUUAAUACAUUUAACCAGUGAAGAAUUUCCACUAAGAAUAUAGUUAUUAAUGGCAUUUUAUUAUUUUUCUAAAUACAACUUUUUAAAGUAGUAUAAUUUACUUUACCGAAAUGAAUUUGAUUGUUUUUAUUCGAAUAUCCUGUAGUUUAUAUUUCAAUUAACUUUUUAAUAAUUAAAUUAUAUUUUUUAUCUAUUUCAACAUUGCAAGGGUUUUUCCUUUAAAGUGCCAUUAUUAAAUUUUAAGUUGGAUGUUGAAUGCUCGAUCUUCGUUGGAGUUGAAUUUUUGUAAAUUUAUUGAAUGAAUGGCAAGUUUAUAAUUUUUACUAUAAUCUUAACAUUGUCUACGAUGUGUAAAUUUUAAAAAAUAUAUUAUACAUAUUUCAUCCAAUAUACAUAUAUUUUUUACAGACAAAAUGAUAUAAUGUCAAAGAAAAACAUUUAGAAUAAAAUUGUUCUUGGUGUUUUAUCAAA